CACACCUGAGAUUUACCUGACCAGACUGGCUGUCCAUGAAGGGGACAUUGCAGAAGUUCGUGGACGACGUCUUUGUUGCGAUCCUCAGUACGAAGCGUCCUCCUCCGAUCGCCGUCAGAUUCUUCUUUGACUUCCUGGACGAUAUGGCAGAGAAACAUGGCAUCGACGACCCAGAGACCGUCCACAUCUGGAAGACCAACAGUCUCCCUCUCAGGUUCUGGGUGAACAUCCUGAAGAAUCCUCAGUUUGUUUUGGACGUUCAGGUGACAGACAGCAUUGACGCCGUCCUGUCUGUCAUUGCUCAGACCUUCAUCGACUCCUGCACUACUUCGGAGCACAAAGUGGGACGGGACUCUCCUGUAAACAAACUGCUGUACGCCAGAGAGAUACCGCGAUACAAACAGCUGGUGGAGAGGUAUUACAGUGACAUCCACAGCGCUGCGUCUGGCUGUUAUCAGGAGAUGAACUCUACUCUGACUGAACUGUCUGGGAGUUUUGCCUCAGAGAUGAACAGUCUUGUUGCUCUUCAUGAACUCUACAAAUACAUCAACAAAUAUUACGACCAGAUCAUCAUGUCUCUGGAGGAAGACAGUUCGGGGCAGAAGAUGCAGUUGGCCUAUCGGCUGCAGCAGGUCGCCGCCCUGGUGGAGAACAAGGUCACUGACCUCUGAUGACCUCUGACCCUGAGCCCGUGCUGAGGAAGAGGAGGAUGAAGAAGCUCUGAGAGACUUCCUGUUAACACUGUGUCUUCCUGUGUGUGUGUGUGUGUGUGUGUACGUGGUCUUUAUAGUCAGACUCAGGAGCUCUUUAGGUUCCUUCUGCAGCAGCAAAAUAACCCCAACCAGACCUGAACCAGACCUAAACCAGACCUGAACCAGACCUGAACCUGGACCAACCUGGCUCCAGAAAACGACAAUCUAUCAAUCAGAUCAGGGAACAUCGUCAUCACCUGCUGCCUUGAGCUAUUUCCCAGAGUUCCCUGCUGUCUGCAGGAGUCAGAAAGCACAAUGUUAAUAUUUUCUAUUCUGAUCACAAGUAUUGAUUAUUGACCUGCUGGAUGCUUUUUAUCGAAAGUAUUUUUGCCUUUUCUACUAAAACCAGCACAUUGAACGCAAUAAUCAGGGAGAGUUUCUACAUUUUCAGCCUGAUUCCAGUUUCUGAUUCUAAUAUGAAUUAAUAAUAAUAUUAAUUAUUAAUCUGCUGCCUGGAACUCUCCAGGUAAUUUCACAACCUCAGGACCCUGUCCCGCACUCGUUUCCAGUCUUCCUCAGUUUCAGGUGGAGUCCACAUGGACUCACAAGGGUUCUCAGGUUUGUAUCGAUGUAAAUUAUUGGACAGUUGAUCAGCCAAUCAGCACACAGCAAAAGGAUGAGGGAACGUAGACCUUCUACCAUCUGCUGUAGAGGUCUUUACAGGUCCACAACUAAUAAGCUAACGUAGCUUUAGCUCUUUCAGAACAGCUUUCUAUUGGUCGACAGUGCGAAUUGAACUCAAAGGAAAAGAUUUUUACAGAUUUUAUUAUUUCAUUUAUUGUAAAUGAAAGUGAACGGAUUCUGUAGAAAACAUUUGAAAUGUGAGCCAGCUUUUAUACAUUUCUUCUGUGGAUGCUAGCAAUGUUGCCUGUUAGCUCCCUCAACAGUGAAUGUGACUAGUUCCUGAAACAAAGAAAUAAACCAACCACUAAGUUCCUGAGUUGAACCAAAAACAGGUGCCAGUAGUCCUGGUACUUCAGCACAACCCCCACCCUCAUUCUUCUGGUGUUUUUUAUCCUUUUUAACAAGGACAUUUUCAGUGCUGUCUUCUUAGCAUUGAGCUAGCUGUGUUUACACAGAGACACAAGUUGUGAAAUCCUUCCGCACUCUCACUGUAAGAGUCCAUCAGUUCACACUGUUAGUGAGGCAGAAUGCACUGUGAGGACCCAGAUGUUUCAUAACGCUCAAAACAUUGGAUACUUCUGGCACUCAGCGGGCGCCAUUUUCUCUACGUAGUGGAAGGGGAGCGACCACCAGAACAGACUUGGCAUAGACGGUGUAAUUUCCACCUCGCAUGAAACAGGGACACGCAGGAGAUAAAAGUAGAAGCAGGAUCAUUUUGGAUUUAUAUCGUGAUGAAAUCCAGGCGCUAAGGCUGUGCGGUUGUAAAACGCCUUAGAAGAAGAAGGUGACACUACGCUGCUUAAAUAAUUACUGCACUAGUAAGUACAUAGCGUGGAUAAUAAUAAUGUAAAUAAUAGCGUAUACUAACGGAAGUAUUCGACACAGCGUCAGUUUCUUAUUGAGUACGUCGCUGCUGUACGCAGCGUUUUAUAAAUACUGCACUUGCUAGGCGACAUCAAAGUAUCAAAGUAGUUAUUUUUAGGCAAUUAUUUCACAACUUCUAUUGUAUAUAUAGGCCUCGGAAAAAAUAUUGAGGUCCAGACAUCGGUGACCUCAGUGGUGGGUACCGCCAUUCUCACUGAGGAGGCAGUACUCAAUAAGUAGUAAGGGUACUCAUGUGGACAAACAUCAGUAGUACCAGUACUGGCCGAUUUCAGGCACUGCUGUUAAAACAGAAGGAAACUAGAAUCAGACAGAAAAUUUAGUUUAACAUUAAACAUGCUGAAUGAACAAAGAGCUGAUCAAUGAUCAAUCACAAAUCUGAGGGAGGACAUUAAACUGUGUGUGUGUGUUUGCUGGUUACUAUCUUAUGUGUACAAAGUCCUAUUUAUACCGAUUUAUCCCAGCUGUGCCUUCACUCUUGCAGCUAGGUGGCACUGUCUGUCUGUUUUGACAGCAGCCUAAUUGAUAUUGUGUCCCAGUGCAUUAUGGGAAGAUAAAUUAGUUUAAAUGUUUACCUCUUAUUGAACCAUUGAGUGAAAACAGCACUGACUUACACCAACACUGACUCAUCAUGUACAGAUACCCCAGACUGAUCCCAAAAAGCCUGAGUCUCGCUAACAGCUAGCAUAACAUAAGAUAUAACAUUAUGCUAGGUUGAAAACAAUCUUAACUCAUUGACUCUGUUGUGUUUCAAGAUCAAGAAUGAUCUGUCACAUUAAAAUAUGCUAACGUUUAUAACUUGUUUUUAGCUACUAUGAUACAGGCUAGCCUAAAUGCUAGCAGCUGCUAGCUAGCUAACAACAAACUGCUUCAAAUGUUACUGACAGGAUGUUACAACUGUGUAAUAUCUUUAAAGAGCCUGCUGGCUAUAACACUGGAUAUGUCAUAUAUGUUAUAUAUGUAAUAUAUGUUUUCCUCGGGAGGAUAAACCUGUCAUAUCAACAAACAAACAGCAACAACCAGCAUGUUUAAGUGCAACAUAUAGCGUUACACGAUGGGUUCACUGUAUUUACACUGUGUGUGGACACAAACCUUCGGCUAUUAACAGCUAGCAUAGGUCUCACUUUUAGCUUGUUUUGUUGAUUUAACGUGUGCAAAGCCACAUUGCUUCCUAACACACAGGCUGAACCCAAAUAUCUGAGCGCCCUCAGACUGAUGGGCUUCACUCGAUAUGAUGUAACAGAAUAAUCAGUGUUUAAUGUACAUAUCCACCAUUCUGCAAAUCAGCAAAUAUUCUGCAGAUUACAGCCCUAUGGUCCAGACUACGACCUGGAAACAGGUCAGAGUUUAUCCCUCAGAGGUUGGAGUUUUGGAGUCAGCCUGCAGAUUAUCAGCUGUGUCUCCAUGGCAACAGCUUGUUGUUUUAGCUGUGUGAAGUUGUCGCAAAGUGGAUUUAGUGGGUGUGAACGAACUGUCAGGUUUUAGUUUCAUCUACAUGAGAAACUACUGUCGGCCAAACAGUGGGACAGGAUUCUUCCUGGACUCCCCAAUGGGACACUUCCUGUUUCCUGGCACAAUACUUCCUGGACUCUGGGACAGGAUACUUCCUGGACCGUGCUGUACAUUUUACACUGUAAAUGGACUCUGGGACCGGGACUGGGACUGACCCCAUCAGGCAAUAAGAACCCAGACUCGGACCGUCCGAUUUUGAAACGGGAUCUUCCUGCUGACUGAUCGCAGUUUCCGUACUUUUCUUCUUCAUCUUUAAUAUUUCUGAUAGCUGUUUAAUCUCAAUGUCUCUCCUGUGUUUUUGCCUUGUGUGUUUUUCGAGCCUGUGUUUGACCCGUAGUUGUAGUUCUCUGAUCAGAUUAGACUUCUGCAUGCAUGUUAUGAUGAUGAUUGUGAAGAUGUUAUGGUGCUUCGUCUUCAACUCUUUUGUUUUUUUAAAUAAAAACAAGAGGCUGAACUUAAAGUCUGCCACUGAUGAUGUAUGUAAAUGGAGGUCACAGUUUGACCUCUGACCUCCUGAUCUCUGUACAGUUUUUUAGUCUUCUGGGACAUGAUGAAACAGAUUCUAAGCUCUGAUUGGUCGAGCUCUGUUUGUUACUGAACGUUUUUCUACAAGGGAAUAAAAACUUUAAAGGGUUUGUAUAAAGUAUAAAUUCAGGAUCAGUUGUACUGAAGCAGAGAGCUUUCCUCCUGACUGUGUACAGUUUGCUAACAGUGUGUAAAUGUGCCUGUAAAUACCUGUCUGAAGAUGAAGAUGAUGAUGAUGAUGAAGACGAGUCCGUCUGCAAUGGAAAUGUGUUUUUAUUGUGAAGAGGCAGGGGCCAAACAGUUUUUAUCAUGUAAAAAUAAAGUUAUAAUUUUAACAGCU